AUGAUGAGAGUAGCUUUUCUUAUUGUUGCAAUCAUUGCUUGUAUGAUCAAUGGAUCAUACUCUGCCGCCACCAAUUGCGUCUUUGGUGAACAAAAUUUCUCUGGUUUCAAUGUCGCAGGUACAAAUUAUAUUUGGUCAGUUUGUCAAGCCAAUACACAAUGUAAUAAUCUUCUUACAGCCACCGGCGUUGUUUCAUGUCAAAAGCCAACAACUGGCACACCACAAAACACUGGUUUACUUGCCGGCGGUACCUGGAGUGCAUACCCAGACGGAGCUGCUACCGUCAACUACAAGUCUGGCACUGCUCCAUGCAAGAGUUCAGGCAAGGUAAGACAAACCAACAUGUUUUUCACAUGCGCCAAGGGUGCUCAAAACAAGGUUAUUUCGGCCGACGAAAGCGCCACCAAGUGUAUCUAUGAAGUUUUCAUGAGCGGUGACUCUGCUUGUGCUGGUGGUAGUUCAACCGACAGCGGUCCAUCAUCGUCUGGAACUGGCGGUGACAGUGGCAAGAAGGGUGGAAUUGGUGGAGGCUGGAUCUUUAUCAUUAUCUUACUCGUUGCCACCACCGUCUACAUUCUCGCCGGUAUUGGUUUCAACUACAAGGUCCGUAAUCUCCGUGGAAAGGAAAUGUUCCCCAACUAUGCUUUCUGGGCUGACUUCCCAGGUCUCCUCAAGGAUGGUGUCUUGUUUAUCAAGUCCAAGGUUUCUGGAGGUGGUGCUUCUGGUGGUUCUGGUUAUCAACAAGUUUAA